AUUAUUUUCAAAAACCAAAUCUUUUUAGAUACAAGUAAACACUGAAAAUUUCUGAGACUAGCUAGAAGAGAGAGCGUAGAGAUUGAUCGAGGAGUCCGUGUGUGGAGGACCAGCAAAUCGUUAGUCAUCGUCGAUUUCAAUCCACUCGCUUGUCUGGUUUAUACAGAUAAACUCACUUCACUCCUUUCCACUUUCUUGGAAUGGAGGAUGUCAGAGUUGCAGAAAAAAUGCCUCCUCCAGAAUCCACUUCAUCCAACCACCACGAUGAUCACGCCGGUAAGGAUGCUUCUACAAACCCAGAAAAGCAUGGCAGAGUUGAAAGUGACAGUCAUUUGUUAGAGAACGAGAAGUCUAAAGAAGAAGCUGCACAAAGUGCUUCUGAUGUCCCAUCUCUGGCACAAAAUCAACUACAUCCGGCAGAUAAUCCGGCUUCUACCUCAUUAACAGUAGAAAGUGGUAAAUUACCAGUUGCGGAACAUGCUUCAAAUAUCCCAUCCCUAGAGCAAAACGGGUCUCUUCCAACAGUCACCACUGCAUCAGACUCAACAGUUACGGUUACUCAGGAUACACUGAAGAAAGAGUCUGGUCCUAAAGAUGUUGACCAAUUAUUACAACAAAAUCAACAUUUUCCAACAGAUACUCCAGCCUCAACCUCAAGUAUUGCAGCUGAGAAAACAGAGACAAAUAUACUGAAUACUGUCACAGAUGCUUUUCCUCAGAAUAUUGACAUUGCAAUGCCAUCCACUGUGCGUUCUCUGCCCAGUAUAAAGACCUCCAGAACUGCAUUUACUAAAUCUGAAGCAACCUUUUCUCCCAAGAGUGCUAAGCUAGCUUAUGCGAACAAUGCAGUAUUAUCACCCAAUGUAAAGUAUGCUAGCUUGUCCGCGAGAAAAUCAGGAGGUUUUGAUUCUCCUAACAGUGCUAAGAGCAGAGGCAUUAUUGAUACAACGGCUCCUUUUGAAUCAGUUAAAGAAGCUGUUUCCAAAUUUGGGGGAAUUGUUGAUUGGAAAGCCCAUAGAAUUCAAACUGUGGAGAGACGCAAACUUGUGGAGCAAGAACUGGAGAAAGCACAGGAGGAGAUUCCGGAGUAUCAGAGACGAUCCGAGAUUGCUGAAAAUGAGAAAACAAAAGUAUUGAAGGAGCUGGACAGCACAAAGCGCCUUGUAGAAGAAUUGAAGCUUAACCUGGAGAGAGCACAAACAGAAGAGAGUCAGGCAAAACAAGACUCGGAACUUGCCAAACUAAGGGUGGAAGAGAUGGAGCAAGGUAUUGCUGACGAGGCCAGUGUGGCGGCCAAGGCACAGCUUGAGGUUGCCAAGGCAAGGCAUACAACUGCAGUGACAGAGCUAAAAUCUGUUAAAGAGGAGCUGGAAGCACUGCACAAGGAAUAUGCUUCUUUAGUGACUGAGAAAGAUAUGGCUAUCAAAAAAGCCGAAGAGGCCAUUUCUGCAUCUAAGGAAGUUGAGAAAACAGUUGAAGAUCUUACUAUUGAACUGAUUUCUACAAAAGAGGCAUUGGAGUCAGCACAUGCUGCCCAUUUGGAAGCAGAGGAACAGAGGAUUGGAGCAGUCAUGGCCAAGGAACAAGAUUCUCAUCAUUGGGAAAAGGAGAUUAAGCAGGCAGAAGAGGAGCUUCAGAGACUUAACCAGCAAAUUCUGUCAGCUAAGGAUCUUAAGUCCAAACUAGACACAGCCUCGGCCUUGCUUCUUGAUUUAAAAGCUGAAUUAGCCGCUUAUAUGGAAUCAAGAUUCAAGGACGAAAGUGAUGGAGGAAAAUUGAAUGAUGAGCAAGAAAAACCGGAGAGGAAAACUCAUACUGAUAUACAAGCAGCAGUUGCUUCAGCAAAGAAGGAGCUGGAGGAAGUGAAGCUCAACAUAGAGAAAGCAAUCGCUGAAGUAAAUUGCUUAAAGGUGGCUUCCUCGGCAUUGAAGUCUGAACUUGAAAGUGAGAAAUCAGCUCUUGCCACCAUUAGGCAAAGAGAAGGAAUGGCAUCAGUGGCUGUGGCAUCUCUUCAAGCUGAACUGGACAGGACUAGGUCAGAAAUAGCUCUAGUUCAGAUGAAGGAGAAAGAUGCCAGAGAGAAAAUGGUGGAGCUACCCAAAGAGUUGCAGCAAGCAGCAAAACAGGCUGACGAGGCAAAGGUACUUGCUGAAAUGGCUGGUGACGAUCUGCGUAAGGCAAAAGAAGAAGCAGAUCAAGCAAAGGCUGGAGCAAGUACUGUGCAGAGUAGAUUAUUAGCAGCACAAAAGGAAAUAGAGGCUGCAAGGGCUUCUGAAAGGUUGGCGUUAGCAGCAAUCAAAGCAUUGCAAGAGAGUGAGCAAGCCAGAUCCAACCCCGCUGAUGCUGAUUCACCCCCCGGAGUAACACUCAAUAUAGGGGAGUAUUAUGAGCUCAGCAAACGUGCCCAUGAGGCAGAGGAGCAGGCAAACACGAGAGUUUCUGCUGCAAGUUCCAAAAUUGAGGCGGCCAAGGAGUCUGAGCUGAGAUGCUUGGAGAAGUUGGAAGAAGUGAAUAGGGAAAUGGCUUCGAGAAAAGAAGCACUCAAGGUGGCAAUGGAGAAGGCUGAGAAAGCCAAGGAAGGGAAACUGGGUGUUGAACAGGAGUUGAGGAAGUGGAGAGCCGAACACGAGCAACGACGAAAGCUUGGUGAACCUGGUCAGGCAGCUGUAAACCACACUAAAAGCCCAAGGGCUAGUUUUGAGGGUAUGAAAGAUCCUAAAGGCUUUGACCAGGCACCUGUCUCUGCAGUACGUGAUCCCUAUGGUUCAAGCCCCAAGCCUGCAUCAGGAAAUGUCACUGAAAGUGAGGCAUCCCCCCAAGAAGUAAAGGGUGGAAAGAAGAAGAAGAAGUCAUUUUUCCCGCGGAUUUUUAUGUUUUUGGCCAGAAGAAAGCAUGCAAAAAAUACAGCCACUGCCCGCAUUGGACACUAGUGCAUAUCUUUCUUGUGAGUUUACAUCUUUUCUCAGGGCGAUUUCUCUCCGAGUUACUGUAAAUGCGGGAUUUGUUCUGACAGAUUUAUUUACUUCACUGUACAUGUCGACGUUGGUAUAUUAUUUUUUGUAUGAUAAGUUGAUUGGGUGAUAAUUUUGCUCAUUGCAAGGAUUGUAUGGCUGGUUAGGUUUUGGGGAAAUAAGGUCGUUAUUGGUGCUUAUCCGAGAAGAGUAGGCUUGAAAUGUAAAGUCAGCUCUUGUAAAAGUUUGUUUGCGUUUGUUGUAAUGAAUAUUAUUUUGGUCCUGA